CCUCUCCGCUCCUCGCUCCGCCUCCCGCAGCCCAGCCUCGGAAGCAGCCAUGAGUUUGGAAGCGAUCCGCUACCGCAGGGGAUCCCUGCAGAUCCUCAACCAGCUCCUGCUGCCCCAGCAGAGCCUCUACGAGGAAAUCGGCAGCGUCGAGGACGGCUGGAGAGCCAUCCGCGCCAUGAAGGUGCGAGGUGCUCCAGCCAUCGCCAUUGUCGGCUGCCUGAGUCUGGCAGUGGAGCUGCACGCCAAAGGAAACACAGAGCAGACUGUGGGCAGCCUUGAAAAAUUUGUGGCAGACUCGCUGCGCUACCUAGAGAGUGCCCGUCCUACCGCUGUCAACAUGGCCCGGGCAGCUCAGGAGCUGGGCCACGUUGUUCGCCAGGAGGCCAAGCGCGAAGGGAGCACUGCCGAGAGUUUGCGAGAAAGCGUGAUCAGCUGGGCGGAAGCCAUGUUGGAUAAAGACCUGAAAGACAACAGAAGCAUUGGGGAGCAUGGGGCACGCCACCUCCUGCAGCAUGUAGGGAAGGACAAGGUGACUGUCAUCACCCACUGCAACACGGGCUCACUGGCCACCGCUGGGUAUGGCACUGCGCUUGGUGUCAUUCGCUCCCUGCAUGCCAUGGGUCGUCUGGAGAAGGUCUACUGCACAGAGACGAGGCCGUACAAUCAGGGAGCCCGGCUGACUGCUUACGAGCUGAAGUAUGAGGAGAUCCCUGCAUGUCUCAUUACGGACAGCAUGGCGGCGGCACUCAUGAAGCAGCUCGUUGGUGCAGCUGUCAUCGUGGGAGCAGACAGGGUUGUUGCCAAUGGAGACACUGCGAACAAAAUCGGCACCUAUCAGCUGUCUAUUGCUGCAAAGUACCAUGGGAUACCCUUCUAUGUGGCAGCACCCAGCACCUCAUGUGACCUGACCUUGGAACAUGGCGGGAAGAUUGUUAUUGAGGAGAGGCCAAGUGAAGAAGUGACGCACAUCAAUGGUGUGCGGGUUGCAGCACCAGGCAUUAAUGUUUGGAACCCAGCCUUCGAUGUCACCCCUCAUGAGCUGAUAACCGGUGGCAUUGUCACUGAAUUUGGUGUCUUUGCUCCCACUGAACUUAAAGCAGGACUCACACAGGCAGCGAAGAAAGUCUGAACGUGUUGAGCUGGGCUGCUUUCUGGAUUUCUGGAGAAGAGUAUGACGAGGAUGAAUCAGCUAGAGAGAUCAGUAUUUGAGCUUGGUGGGAUAUAUUUCUAAAUCGGCUCUCUGACUUUGUAUUUACAGAUGUCGAUAAAUACUCGUUACCAUUCUGCCAAACCAGUAGGGUCUAUGCAAAGAACACGUUGCAGAUUGGAAAUCCAGAUCAGAAGGGUUGUUCGUGUUUCCAUCCAGUUACUCUACAGCACCUGUAUUAAAUAAUACAGAGGAUGGUGAUCCGGCUCCUGAGCCAGUGGCUCUUUAGAUCCUUUGCUUCUGCCUCAGCCAAGAGAGAUGUUCCUCUUUUACUGGAGCAACAAAGAAGAGUUUGAGACUUCUUUCUCAUUGCACCCUUAGGGCACAACUUGCAUCCUUGCAUAUUCUUUAGCUCCUUCAAAAGAAAGCUGUGAGGUUCCUCUUUGCACAAAAGCAAAAUUAAUUCAUGUGCGAGCUUAUCUGCCAAAUUGUAGCUAGCUGCUUUGGUUUUGCACUCUGUAUUUUGCAUAUUCCCCUUUUCGCUUUGCGGUGUACCAUGCUAAAAUAGACUUCCUUUGACACAA